UGCAGUCAUUACACAGACAUGUGAUUUCACCACUUGUAAAGAGGACAGUCAGACUCGAGGUCAGUGUUGUUUCGUCCAGCGAGAAGAAGAACUUGUUCAGAAGAAACGUCCACUGAAACGACUGCAACACAGGAUGCGUCCUCUGGCCCUCCUCUGUGCACUUGUGACAGUCUCUGUCACCGUGGCUCGGCAUCGCCUCCCUCUGCUCUCCCCAGAGAUGGUGAACUUUGUUAACAAGGCCAACACCACCUGGACGGCCGGGCAAAACUUCCACAACGUUGACAUCAGCUAUGUGAUGGGACUGUGUGGGACCUUACUGAAUGGACCCAAGCUGCCAGAGGUAGUUCACAACAUUGAAGGCAUGAGGCUCCCAGACACCUUCGAUGCGCGGCAGCAGUGGCGCAACUGUCCCACAAUCCAACAGAUCCGAGACCAGGGCUCCUGUGGGUCCUGUUGGGCCUUUGGGGCCGCUGAGGCGAUAUCGGACAGGCUGUGUAUCCACAGCGGUCAGAAGAUCUCACUGGAGAUCUCUGCUGAGGAUCUGCUGUCCUGCUGUGAUGAAUGCGGGAUGGGCUGUUUCGGGGGUUUCCCCUCCGCUGCUUGGGAGUUCUGGGCAAAGAAAGGACUGGUGACAGGGGGCCUGUACGGCUCCAAAGUCGGCUGCCGGCCCUACAGCAUCGCUCCCUGUGAGCAUCACGUCAACGGGACUCGUCCUCCCUGUCAGGGUGAACAGGACACUCCUAAGUGUCAGCAGGUGUGCAUUGAUGGAUACUCGCCAUCAUAUCCCAAGGACAAACACUUUGGUAAACAUACAUACAACAUCCCGUCCCAGCAGGAGCAGAUCAUGACUGAGCUGUACAAGAACGGACCUGUGGAGGCAGCUUUCUCUGUAUAUGCAGAUUUUCUGCUGUACAAGUCGGGUGUGUACCAGCAUGUGACAGGGGAGAUGCUGGGCGGUCAUGCCAUCAAGAUCCUCGGCUGGGGAGAGGAGAAUGGGACUCCCUACUGGCUGGCUGCGAACUCCUGGAACAGUGAUUGGGGAGAUAAAGGUUUCUUCAAGAUCAAGCGUGGAAAUGACGAGUGCGGUAUUGAGUCCGAGAUGGUUGCAGGAAUCCCAAACAACUAGAUCAAAUGAGUCCUGCCUGCCAAUCAAGUCUAUCGAGAGAGAUUAAAAUUAUGAUUUCAAGUAGAGAGAAUAACUAGCACAACAUGGUGAAACAGGAACUUGUGUGCAUGCGUUGUUGUUGUUCCAAAUAAAUUAUUAAGUCACAAGAAAGUCAUGCAAGAAGUUUUGUGGACUGUGCGUGUAUCUAAAUUAAAUGUACUCCAAGUGUAAUCAAGUACAAUUGUGAGGCACUUUGUAAUAUUUCAUGAAUAUUGUACUUUUUCUCUUAAAUUGUUCAACAACUUUGGUGAGUUACUUUGUAGAUCAAUAUAAUCCAUACAGAAUAUAAAUCCCCUGAGGGUCUGAGGCCUGAAGUUAUCCAGUUUUGAAAGAAAAUGCUGGAAUCCAGUAACUCGCACAGGCAGCAGAAGGUGGCGGUAAUGUCCAUGAUAGGUCUGCAGACAAAGGGCUCCAAGGCUGCAGCGCAUCAAAACCCAAAACUAGAAACAAUGGAGCAUCUGUUUCAUAUGUGUGACACAAUCCAGAACAUAGGGAAGUCUUUACAAAAUUAGAUAAACUCCAAAUCCAUACAUGUGCUGACUUAUUCUCUUUUAGAAGUAUUCUGUUGAAGAACAAACAUGUUCAAUUUUCAAUCAGUGGUAUGGACUAUACUAUUGUAAUACUACAUACAUAAAUGUCUUUUAUCCAAAUCCUCUUCAUUGUACAAUGCACUUAGGAAUUCAUUUUCUUUACUCUAGGUGUCUAAUAAAAGAUGAACAAAG